AGACUAACACGGCUGCUACUCUGAAACCUGUGAACAUUUCAGAGUUACAAACAACCUCCAUUCCCGAGGUGUUUGUAAGUUUGAGGUUCUCCUGUAUCUCUAGGUGUGAAGACAGUAACCAAACUGGAUAAAAAGGCAAAAGGAGUUUAUGAACACUUCUAUAGCUGACGUCAUUCAGAGAGCUGCCAGAUCUGGAACCUGAUGACUGUGUUUGUGUCAAACUGGAUGGAGAAAAAGGAUGGUCAACUCCAGCUGUUGUAAAGAAAAAGAAUAUGUUGUCCAGACCAUAUGGUGUUCGCAGUUAAUUCACAUGUCAUCGGAAAACUCAGCCAUUACUGUUCGCCUGGUUCGCUCCUUUGAGCACCGUAAUUUCAGACCGGUGGUGUAUCAUGGAGUUAACUUGGACCAAACUGUAAAGCAAUUCAUUACAUUUGUAAGGAAUGAUGUGUCUUUAAGAACAGGACUUCCACCUCCCUUUAAAAAAUACAAAUAUGAUACAAUGAAGAUUAUUCACCAAGCACAUGGAUCUAAGACCAAUGAACUUGUAGUGAGUUUGGAGGAUGAUGACAAACUUAUUUUAAAAGAAGACAGCACUUUGAAAGCAGCUGGAGUAGGUAGGAGUACCUUUAUAUUGACUGACGGUACUGAUCAUUGUGCUUGUCAUUAUACUGGUAACUGUCUGAUUAUGUUUGGAUAGUCUGCUGAAAAGUAAAUGCUAUUCCUGAUGCUCUUUACACUACCUGAUAAUUAUCCAGGGAAGAAGGGGGGAUAAUGUACAUUCACAUCAUUGGGCUGAGGGCAGCAGGUAUGUGCACUCCAAAUGCUCAGAAUGCAAAUUGCGAUUUUUAGAAGGAAUGCUUAGAAUUCUGCUGAGGGUAAUUUUAAAUGAUUGACAGAUAAGAUUAAGCAGACAUAGUACUAAUAACCUAUCCGUAACAUUUAAACUGAUGUUUUGGUUCAAAGUUUAAGUAGUGGAACCAGUGUGGAAUAAUGAAAUGAGAUUAGAUUUGUUUAAUGUGCAACACAAUAUUUAAAUUGCACAGGGCAGCACAAAUAAUAUCAUUUAGAAAGUGAGCUGAACAUAGCAUGUGGUUAAAAUCAACUUGAGUCCUUGCUCUCUGACAAAAGAAUGCAUAUGGCGCAUGUCUUGUGCUAAUAGCGAAAAGAAAUGCCUAUGUAUGUCAAAUUUGUAUGUCAAAUGAUAGUCACUGGAUAUCAUUUUGGCUCCAUGCAAAAAUGAUUAUGUGGCAGCAGAGCAGCUGAGACUUUGAAGGCCUAAUUUGCAGGCUUUGAGACGGCACUGGUUAGUUUAGGAUGUCGCUUAUUUAAAUCUGGUGCACAACAAUCUUACGCUCUGGGUGAAAGAUCACAGGGCGUUAGAAAUGGAAGAACCCAUUCAGCAUUAGGCCGCCUAGCCUCUCUCCAGUCAAUGCAGGAUAUUCCCCUACAGAAUACUAUUUAGCACUUUUUCUGAUCUAGUUUAAAAUCCUUCAAUCAGUGGUGCUUCUUCCACUCUCCUUAGGAGACCAUUAUAAAUCUUACCAUUGGAAAAAAUAAAUGGAACAUCAGAAAAUACUCUCUUGAUUUCAUUUCUUUACUCCUGAUUAAUCUCAUUGGGCCACACUGAUCAAUUCCCCUUUCUCCUUGGCAUUUAUACCUGAUACUUUUAGUUUCUCCCCCUUUCCUCUUUUCCCACUACCCCUUAUUCUAUACUGUAAUCUCCCCCUUUCCUCUUUGCCCGCUACCCCUUAUUCUAUACUGUAAUCUCUCUGAGGAGAGGAAACUCUCAUACUAUAUGUAUGUACUGUGCCUAGCUCAAUGGGCUGCCAUAUAAGGCCUUAUAGAGAACUGGGCAUUACUAUUGAAUAUUAACUGUUGAACUGUUAAUAUUGUUGAAUAUUAAUAAUAAGUCAUUCUUUAGCCUUCCCUGCUAACUCAAUCCUUUUAACCCAGAUGAAAACCAGUUCUUCAGGAAGGAGGGUUAUUGGCAGUCUGAAGACUUCAGAGUCUUAUUUAGUUAGUAUAUGCCUCUUGUCAGCAUGAGUCUUACCUACCUAAGACUUGAGGUAGCCUGGCUUAGAAGUCUAGGCAAGGGGCUGGGAAACAGUGGCAGAUAUUUGCUUAGAGCUGAUCUCCUCUAGCGCUGUCCUCCUCCAAGACAGCAUUGAUGAAUUAUUGUACAUUCCUACCUUUAAAACAGGUACCAUAGUCCUAGUGGUGGUAUAACUUGAUGCAAUCUCGGUAAAUUAUCAGCACAUCAGAGUAAUCUUGUUCUGAAAACAAACUGCGAUAAACUGGACUGCUUUUAUUUCUCUGAAUGUAGGGGAGGAGGGAAUGGUUUAAGGAUGGAAGAAAAAUAAUUAAAAUGAUACCUCCAUAAUUAUUCAAGUUAAUUAUAUACUUACAACAAAUGCUAACUGCAUCAAUUCCUGACUGCUGUAUGAGGUAGAAUUAAGUUCUUGCUGUGUAAUGUGGAAUAUCCUCUUAGACUUGCCAAGUUUUGAGGUUUUAGAAGAGCCGUUUUUGUGUUCUGAUAUAUUAACGUUUACCACAGUGUGAAAAGCUCUCUUCCACUGACUUACAGAAGCAAUAACGUAGUAAGACCUUUGACAACUCCGGAUUUUUAUCCGUUUAGAGUAGAUUUGCAUUUCUGGUAAGUAAUAAAAACAUUGGGGUAGGGACUGUUUCCGUUCUAUGUUUGUACAAGUGUUUAGCACAAUGGGGUCCAGGAUUAAGACUCUUAGGCACUAUGAUAAUAUAAAGAAUAAACAAAAUAAAUGAUGCACAAUAUAAUGUGACAAUAGUUCUGGUCCUGAACUUGCCUCCAUUGAAAUCAAUUUCAAAUCUCCCAUUGAUAUGUUUAGAUUUUAAAUAUCUAGGCUGCACAACAUUUGCUAGAAGCAAACACUAGAAUUUCCCUUUUAAAAAAGCCAGGAGCCCAAUCCUGUAAGGUAUUGAGCACCCUCCUCAACUCCAAAGGAUUGAUUUUAGCAUUUGGCAGGAUUGGGCUGGAAAGAUGUAAAUUAUGAGGCUAUUAGAUGAGCAUCUUUAGGAAAUUCUCUGUGGUGGUGAUUAUUAUUACAGCUAUUAUCUGGUCAGCAAAGUUAAUGUGUGCCUAUUUCUAGAGCAAGGAUGUAUGUUAAUAAAGUGUUCAGCAUUCAUUGCAAACAAACAAUCUUGUCUUUUUCCAAGUCAAGAUUCUAAAACCUCUCCUGCUCCUUUUAUAUAAGACAGGCAGACUUUUAAAUUCAGGUUUAAUUUAAAAAGCAAAUGCAGAAUUUAUUGGCUCAGCACCUUAAAAAAUUCCAUGUUUAAUAAUUGUGAAGGUUUUCCAUCAGAUUUGUCUCCACUCUGAAUUAGUAAUGUUGCUGACUUAUUGUUUUAGAAGAGGAAGUCCUUGACCUGCUGGGCUGAAAGAAUUGUGACUGCUCUGAACCUUUGUGGGUCCUUUAGCUGUGCCAUAUCCCCUGUGAAUAAUUAGAGGUAUUUGAAGGUAUUGCUGGAGAAGCCAAUUUGUGUCGUUCACUUUGCAUAUUGUUGAAGCCUUAUGAAUUAAUCAUUAGCAGGGCAAAAAAUUAACUUCUUCAGACACAUAUUUUGAUGGGCCAUGAGGGAAAAUGUAAAGUGAUCUGUAAAAUAUUCUACUAAUCCUCCAAGUAUUAAAUUAUUAUACCUGCAGGCUAAUUUCAGAAAAAAAGAGGUUUUUUCUCCCUCCUUAUCUGAAUAAUGGAUUGAAAAAAACGCAAGCUUCGUUGUUUUCUAGAAAGAAUAAAUGUGCAAUCUCCUAGGUUGUCCAAAUCGUUUUGUAGACUUUGGUGAAAUUAGUCUUGAAGGUUUCUGCAGAUGUUUGUUUACAUUUAUAUGCCAAUGUUCUAGUUCUUUUUAACCAGACUAAAACAAAUGGUAAUUGGGUCUAACGUAAAAAUAAACAAUGUGGUGACUAGUGAUUGCCUUUAACCAAAAAGGCACCAAAUGCAUUCUGAGGUUCUAAUUAAUGUUAAUAGGCUGCUAUGUGGUUAAUACAAUAAGCAUAUGCUUUUAUUGGGCACGCUGAAUAUUUAUUUUUUAUCCCUUUCAGCAAAUGAAACUGAGUUAGCGUUCUUCUGUGAAGAAGAUUACAGAAACUACAAAGCUAAUCCUGUUUCGGCCUGGUGACGAUCCCAAGAGACCUGUUUUUUUUUGUUUUCUCAUACCUGUUAAAAAUUUUUUUUUUCUGUUUAAUGAGAUGAUUUUUUUAAUCAAUAAAUCCUAGAGGAUUGCCUCA